AUGUCGUCCACAGUCAUCGCUUCCGUCGCUGCUAACGGUGAAAAGUCACCGUCGAAGAAGACUCCGGAGACAGAACCGACCCUAAAUCCGUCACUCCCUGAUGAUUUGGUAGUGACUUGCUUAGCCCGCAUCCCGAGAUUGCACUAUCCAACUCUCUCACUCGUCUCCAAGAGUUUGCGCUCACUCCUGUCUUCACCGGAGCUUUACCAGACUCGGUCACUCUUAAAUCGCACCGAUAUUUGUCUCUAUGUGUGCUUAAGGUUCCCUUCUGAGACCAUCCCACGUUGGUACACUCUUUCCCGGAAACCUGACAAAUUCCUCAACAACCACAUCAGUAAGAAGAACAAGAAUGCGCCAAGUGGCAAUCUCUUGGUUCCGAUCUCAUUUCUCAACUCUCCUCCUGCGGAAUGUUCAAAUCUCAUCGCUGUUGGUCAUAAUCUCUACGCACCCAUCGAAAACGCUCCAUGCGCUAACGUCUCAUUCCUUGACUGUCGAACUCACACUUGGCUCGAAGCUCCGAGCUUGCGUUUUGCCCACACCGGUACCAAGUGUGAUGGGGAUAUGUACUUUGCAGGAUGCUACGAAAAUCCAGAUUCUUUGAACUGUAUUGAAGUGUUCAACACGAACACCAAAACUUGGAAGCCUGUUCCGCCAGAAAAACGGAUAUUCACAUGUGGAAAAUUUCAAGGAAAGAUGUACAUUAGCUUGAAAGGACGUGUGGCUUAUUAUCCGAAGGAAGCGACUUGGGAAAUUGUAAGAUUGGAUACUGAUUCGGGUCAGUUAGGUGUUUGUUGCAUAAAGGACAUAUCCUAUUUUUAUUACAAGGGGGUGUUUAUGUGGGCCGACCCUAAGGUAGGAGGAGGACCACGGGGAAAAUUAGAGGGUUUAGAAGGUCUUCCUAAGUUUCCCUAUCAUAGUACGGUUAAAUUGGUGGAUUAUGGUGGUAAGAUGUUGGUUUUGUGGGACAAGCAUGUUCCUGCAAGUUGGUUUAAGAAGAAGAUGAUUUGGUGUGCGGUGAUUUCGCUUGAAAGGCGUAGCAAUGAAAAUAUUUGGGGAAAGGUCGAGUGGUUCGAUGCUGUGCUUACAGUCCCCAGGUCUUACAAGUUCGUGUUUGCUGUUGCUGCUACUGUUUGA